GGCGACGUUGCCUCCCAGUGAGUCCUGAGUCCUGGAGCUCAGUCAGCAAACUAGUUGUGGGCUCAGAACGGACAUGCAGCGGUAGGAGGAGGAUGAAGAUGCUGGAGGAGGACUAGCCGACGACCAAGCAUCGACUGCGGUGUUUCCUGCCAAACAUUCAAGCUCGACCGACGACAGAUCAUGAUUGAGCUGUUUCAUGCCAGAGAGCUGAAGACCAAAUUGCCUUCCACUAUCAAGAGAUAGCCAGUCUGCAGGAUGGAGUGCUGGGAGGAAUGACAGAGUCUCUUCCACCGCAGGUGACGCACCGACAGUCGGAGAAAAUGCACCGGGCCUGUGGAUCUAUUUUCCUGCUCCUGGUGUCCCUUAUCGCCUCUCACACCGCCGAGGCCUUAUCAGUGGACACGGAUGGAAACCGUACGGAGAACGGCAACUUGACAGACGGCGGAUUUGUCCCAGUUGCACUCACCAAAGUGAGCCAGAUAAUUGCCCGGGAGGGGAGCUGCGCACUGAUUGAUUGCAACGUCACCGGAGAGCCGUUCCCCAGCGUUCAGUGGUUCAACUCCCAUGGAGACCGUCUGGACACGGAGACGAGCGGUGGGAAGUGGUGGCUGCUGGACAACGGUGUCCUCAACAUCACCAGCAUCGAGUUUGCAGACCGUGGAAAAUACACCUGCAUGGCGUCCAACGUGCACGGCAGCUCCAACUGCACGGUGACGCUGCGUGUGGUCUUCACCAACGGCGACAUGGGCGUGUACUACAUGGUGGUGUGUCUGGUCACCUUCACCAUCAUCAUGGCCCUGAACGUCACGCGCCUCUGCAUGAUGAGCAGCCACCUGAAGAAGACGGAGAAAGCCAUCAACGAGUUCUUCCGCACCGAGGGCGCCGAGAAACUGCAGAAGGCCUUCGAGAUCGCCAAGAGGAUCCCCAUCAUCACCUCGGCCAAAACGCUGGAGCUGGCCAAGGUGACGCAGUUCAAGACCAUGGAGUUUGCGCGGUACAUCGAGGAGCUGGCUCGGAGCAUCCCGCUGCCGCCGCUCAUCAUGAACUGCCGCACCUUCAUGGAGGAGAUCCUGGAGGUGGUGGGGGUGGAGGAGAUGAGGCACACCUUUGUCAGACAAGCUCCGGAGGGGCGGCACGACGCAGCCUGCAGGGUUCCCUCCAUCGGGGCGAGAGACGUCUUCACCAUCCUGCAGGAGAGAGAGAGGGAGCGAGGGAGGGAGAGGGAAAGGGAGAGGGAGCGCAGCGAGUCGCCCGCCGCCGACUCUGACAACUCCUCGGUCCACGAGCAGCCGCAGCACAUCGCCAUCCAGGUGUCAGUCCACCCACCGCUCGCCGUCGGUGGCUACUGCAGCAUAGAAGCUCCACCCCAGCUGGAGGCCACAGGCGCCUCUCCUUCCCCUUCCUCACCCCCACCGCUCGCUCCUCUUCAACACGAGGAGCAGCCGGAUGCUGAGGGGGAGCAGAGCAGUGAACGGGCUGCAGCAGAACCCACGGCAGAUAAAACCCCUCCCUGCCAGGUGUUCUAUGAGAGCCACGUGUGACGAAACGAACGGAUACGUUUUCCUGCUAUGCAUUUCCACUUGAAAAUGAAAAAAAAGGUCAUUUUUAAUUUCACAUUUUGGACAGAAGCAAUCACAUUUUUAUUUAUCUUUUCUGAACGUAACAGUCUCUUGAAACCUUUGUAGGCCGAUCUACUGAGAACAAAUCAAAAGGUUUUUAGAAACUUGAGCAUUUUUUUCACUCUGGAUUUUCAUGCUUGAAUGUACACAGGAGGAGUAAUCAAUGUUGUUAAUGUACAAAGCAAAGAAUUGUAAAGGAACAUUUCCUGUGUUGAGAUUUUCAUAGCUCAGACUAUUAUUUAAAGAAUUAGGGUACUUCACUCUUGGGGGAGGAUGUUUUUCAGUUAGUUUCUUACAGUGCUAGGGUUUUUAUGACUAACUCCAAAAAUCUGCCUCAAGCUGCUCUUUAUGCUGUUUUUUUUUUUUCAAACCAUGAAAGCAAGCUUCCUCCAUUUGCUGAAGAAUUCACUCACAUCCAGCUACUGCUGCAGCCAGUCUGCUGUUGUCCUACUAUGUCCUGCUCACCUAGAGAUGCAUGCUGGACUGGGUGGGGGGGUUGGGGUGGGGGGCACGGGAGAGUUGGGUCACAUUUUCAUGAUUGUACGGCCUUCUGCACUUCCAAAAAAAAAACAAAAAACAAGAGGGCAAGCCAGGUGAACCUGUCAGUAUAUCUCCUGAUUGGACACACCUCUGGGUGGAGUUUGUAUCCUUGUCUGCUUUGAAAUAUUUUUAAGAGUAUUAUUAUAUUAUUACCCAUUGUGGUGUGAUUUUGUUUCUCAGCUAGUUUAGGCAGAUUUUAAACAGUCUUUUGUCUCCUUCUUCCUCAUAGAGAGGAGCAGCUUCUUUUGCUGCGUCAUUUGCUGAUUUUAAAUUUAAUUUGUCUCCUGACCUGAUCUCUCAGCAUCGUCUUGCUUCUGCAGGAGCUUCACAGUACACUUCUGCUGCAUGUCUAAGUGGACGGUUGAGAGGUUUGACCUCUUUCUCUGGGACUAAAAGGACUCCUUUUGUUUUUUCCUUUGCUUGGCUAACAGUCCAGAGUGUGGCGGAGAUGAACUGGACACUGUUCUGCUUUUACUGGUGCUCUUGAGAUGCCUCUUUUUUUGUAGUGGAAUAAAACGGAAGUGCUGUGCAGGAAAAAAAAGA